ACAUGAAAACAACAAUAGUUGCUGAAACAAUAACAAUAGUUUUCUUUUGUAUUUUAAAUUACAAAGUAAUUUGCGCCUCAAAAUUAUUGAGAAAUAAAAGAUUUCUAAUAUUUCCUCGCCAGGCACCAACCAGACAUCAGUUCAUUGGUGGCAUUGGUAUACCAGUCGAUUUAACCUAUGAAUCCCUUACCAUUGGUUAUGUUUUAAAGGCUGAAUUUUGGUUGCCCUAUAAUGAGACCGUAUUUCGUGAAAAUCCUUAUUUUCCCGAAUAUAAAAAUGAUAAACUUUAUAAUAAUGUGAAGAUAAAUCAAGAUCCGAAUUUUGUUAAUGCAAGAUCCUUUAAAAGGGAAGUGAAAAAAUCAAAAUUACGUUGGGAUAUUUACGAUAUUAUAAUACAUCGUUUAAAUGGCUAUGGCUACAAGGGUCAAGAAUGUCUUUUGCGAGCUAUUUGUGAGGCAAAUGCUUUGCAAUUUAUGCGGCAUUUUGACGUUUAUGGUGAAUUAUUACAUAUCUUCUUCAGUCCUUCUACUUCCAGCGAUUCGAAAUCAGCAGAAGCCCAAAAUUUUUCACAAGCGGAAAAAUUGGGUCUAUCUGGAGAUUCCUGUUCCGCUUAUGACUGUAUAUCAAUUUUGGAUAUUUUUUCAAAAGUUUUAAAAGUAGGUUAG